UAAACUAAACCAAACCAAAACACAACACAACACCCCACACACACAAAAAACACAAUUCCUCUGUUCUCCAAAACUUUCCCAAACAAACCCUUCACCAUGGUAGAGAGGGAGCAAGCAAGGCCUCUAGCCCCACCAAUAGAACGCCCAAGCAGCGACGAAGAUGACACCACACAACACCACCAAACAAAACGUCACAGAAAAUUCAUCAAACGAUGUGCUUGCCCACUAAUUUCUCUACUUCUCCUAGCAAUAGUAAUCAUAGUUUUGAUCUUCACAAUAUUCCGCGUCAAGGACCCCAUUAUCACAAUGAACGGUGUCCAAAUCACAAACCUUGAACUCGUCAACAAUAGCACAAUACCACAAAUCGGGGUGAACAUUUCCUUGAUCGCGGACGUGUCGGUGAAGAACCCAAACGUGGCAUCAUUCAGGUAUAGUAACACCACCACAAGUUUGUACUACCACGGUGCCAUCGUGGGUGAGGCUAGAGGACCCCCAGGGAGGGCCAAGCCUAGAAGAACAAUAAGGAUGAACGUUACAGUUGAUGUUAUCACGGAUCGUGUGGUUUCAAGUCCAAAUUUUGUGACGGAUUUGGGUUCUGGGUUGUUGACUGUGGUGAGCUUCUCCAGAGUUCCGGGGCGGGUGAAGAUCUUGAACGUGAUCAAGAGACAUGUUGUUGUCGACAUGAACUGCACCACCACUUUCAAUAUUUCUUCGCGGGGAAUUGAAGACCAGACUUGUAAGCGCAAGGUCAAACUUUAGUUAAACUUUAGUGAUCGGUUCCUUGAGUUCUAUGUUUGUUGCAGAAUUGUUGUAUCAUAAAUAAUUUUCUUUUGUUGUUCUGUGGGGAUGUCUUUUCCUUCUUUCUUUUCCUUAUGAGAAAUAGUAGUGUUGUUUCUUUUAAGAAUACUAUCCAUGUAUUUUGUUA